AUCGUGAAGUCGCGGGCGAAGCUGGAAGGGAAAAAAAUCGAAAAAUCCGUCGAUGUCUCGCAUCGACUGCAUGUCGGCAACCGGAAAAAUCCGGGCGUUUGUCGAAAUAGCAAAUUGUAAAAUAGUCUCGUCGGAGGUGAUGCAGGGCGCAGAUUUGGUACGGUUCGAUUUUUUUAUUUUGACAUUUUUAAUUGCGGGCCUGUACUCGUUAUUCUGCGCAUUUUCAUUCGUCGCGGGAGGGGUAGGCGGGCACGCACUAUUUUUUAGUGCCGGCUUAUUACAGCAGAUGUCUCAUAGCCAUGUCCCAAUAAAGAAUAAGCGGCCCGUCAUUUUUUGCGCGCUUGAAUUUUUAAUAUUCGCCCGAAUGUCGUGACGUACUGACGUCGGCCCGUGUUGUGUGUGAUAACAGACAGUUCAGUUUCGUAUUUGGCGGUCUAGUGUGCCUUGGAAGACGCUUCUGACAUCUGUGCACCGCGACGCACAGUCGCGAAAAUGUCCAUGUGAGGAGAAAAAAUGGAUUCGCCGAAAAAACACCCGAAAACACACAUAAAUGACCGCAACUGACUCAUACAGGUGAAUACUGAUUACGAUGGUAGAUACACAACAUUUUUGUCUGCGGUGGAACAAUUACCAAAGCAGCAUCACAUCAGCUUUCGAGAAUCUCCGGGAUGAUGAAGAUUUCGUCGACGUUACGUUAGCAUGCGAUGGAAAAAGUUUAAAGGCGCAUCGUGUAGUUUUAUCGGCUUGCAGUCCUUAUUUUCGGGAAUUACUUAAGUCUACUCCUUGCAAACACCCUGUGAUAGUCCUGCAAGAUGUUGCGUGGACGGACUUGCACGCUUUGGUCGAAUUUAUUUAUCACGGCGAAGUCAACGUGCAUCAGCGUUCCCUGUCUUCGUUCCUCAAAACGGCGGAGGUGCUCCGGGUUAGUGGGCUCACGCAGCAGCACGGCGAUGACCGUGAACAGUUGGCACAAGUACAAAGCCUCGUGCGGUCCCAGCAGUCGACGCCAACGGCGAACCACCACCCCAGCUUCACCGAGAAGUUAGUCGAGGACGCCCUGUUCACGUCGCCGUCGUCGCCGCCGCACGGCGCCACCGUCAACCAGCUGCUGCGGCGGGCGGCGAUGCAGCACCGGCGCGAGCGGCGGAUAUCCUCCGACCCGGAGAGCGAGCACAAGCGGCCCAGGUCCGAGCACAGCAUCAUCGGCAACAACAACAAUAACGAACUGAACCUGUCGCACACGCAGCCACCCCAGACCCAGCCGGCGGACUUCUCGCCGAGCGCCAUGAAGAACAACGCCCUCAACCUGAACCUGAACGCGACGACGGCGACGCACAAGGCGGACCCGCUGCAGAACCAGGGCCAGAACGAGGGCAACAACGGCAUCACCAGCACGGACAGGGAGAACUCGCCGUGCUCGCCGUCGCCGACGCUCAACUCGCGCCUGGCCGAGGACGCCGUCAAGACCGAGCCGAUGGAGCUGCUCUGCCCCACGAACCAGGACGAGAACAGCAACGAUUCGGGCGAGGCCCCCAACGACAACGGGCCUAAUAAUCUACCUCAAGGGCCGCAUUCCGGUAGUUCGGCCGGGGACCACGACGACCACGACAGUCCGAUUGGGCCGUAUCUGACGCCGUCGGAGAGCAAACUGUUCGCGACGGCGGCGGGGAGUUUCAAUUUUAGCAUGGCCGCCUUGGCGGCCGACCCGACGGGACUUGGAGUGUUGUUCUUUCCAGGUUUAAAUCAAUCUCUACAGGCGAACGCCGACAGUCUAGCAGGCACUUCACAAGGCGCGGUGCGAAUGCCGCCGCCGACGUCGGGAGGCAUCAACGAGCCCCAGGAGUGCCCCUACUGCCGGCGCACCUUCAGCUGCUACUACUCGCUCAAGCGGCACUUCCAGGACAAGCACGAGCAAUCCGACACGCUCUACGUGUGCGAGUUCUGCCACCGGCGGUACCGCACGAAGAACUCGCUCACGACGCACAAGAGCCUGCAGCAUAGGGGCUCCAGCGGCAUGCUCAAACGUCUGCUCAAAACGACGGCCAUCAAGAGCGUGCUCGGCACGCCGCCGCCGCCGCGCCUCCAGUGAGCCACCCCCAAACGACUACCGCUGGCCUAACUCGAACCACAAGUACAAAUCACCCAGAAGUAUGUAUCUUUACAGCCGUCGUUGACAGAGCCAACAAUCUAGUUUUUAUACGCCUCUAUAACAAAAAAUAAUAAUAAUACAAAACAAAUAUUCAUAUUAUACACGCAGCAUACACCCACCCCUUAUCCCCUAGCUCCUCAACAUAUCUCUGCCAUAUCAAAAAUAACAAAGUGCUAAGUAAUUGCGGCGUCACAGCCAAUUCAUUCUCCAGCACCCGACAUGCGUGCGUCAAUUCACAUACAUGGUUCUGUGUGUACGUCUGUGUGUGUAUCGUGAUCUGCCCAAAACAUGCGAGACAUUCCCAGUGUUACUGUGAUUCAGUUACAUUCUCUUUCCCAAAACAUAAUCACAUCGUUAUUACCAACCCUCUCGGCCCCCGAGGCGCGCAUAUAUACAGUAUUGAGCUAAACUAUUACAUAAACCGUAGAAAUUAUUCGAGACAAUUUUUCAACAAAUACAAACGUGGACCUUUACUAGAUAAUUGCAUUGUUAGGUGAAAUGGACACCACCCCGUCAUAUUAAAUAUCAAAAUUUUUUGCACAUACAGCUUUCACAGGCCAUUUAGACCCAUUGCUGAGUAACCUUUCUCCAUUCCUUCUAUCUCUUGCCGUCUUCAGUUUCUAAUUUGCUUGGACUCUGAAUCUUCCUUUUUAUAUCUGGUGUUUUCCAUCCUCUGCCCUUGACUAUUUCAGAUGAUCAACCCACUUAAGUCAGAUACACAGGGCUAUGAUGUAUGAUACAGUUGGCCCUAAAACAGUUUGGCAUAUUUAUUUGUUCGCGUAGUUAAGUACAAAAUCAGUAGAAACUUCAUUCAAAAACUAGUACUUGGUGGGGUAACCCUUUGACUACCCCAACACGUCUUCCCAACUUAUCCCACAAAUGUUCGAUAGGGUUUAGAUCCGGAGACUGACUGGGGCACUUCAUAACUUGAACGUUUGCAUCCGUAACCGAUUGGGUUACCAAUCCAGAUCUAUGUCCAGGAUCAUUAUACAUUUGCUUUUAUUUUCUAACCACUUCUAGAUUUUUUAUUUUCACAGCAUCCGACUUGUCGAAUCAGAGCACUUUUGACCAUUCGUGGAGGCCCCACAACAAAUGAUUUUUAGCAAAGUCGACCCUAGCUUUACAAUUCUUGUUGCUUAUGAUCGGUUUUUUACAGGAGUACAUCUCGAAAACGACACCCAACAGUCCAAAGUCUUCAUUAGUUCUUGCAGUCUUUAGGCGAUUUAUUUUUGUUAGUCCUGUCUGUUCUAAUUGUUGAUUUUCUUGGUCUUCCACAUUGCCAGUGAUACUAAUUAUAACUACCAAACUGUCAAAGAAGAAUCCCAGCCUCAAAAUAGACAAACCUUUUGCUCUAAGGAAUCUGUCACUUCUCUCCAAACAAUGUACUUAUCCCAUGAAUAUCCAGGUAUUUGUUUUUAUCUAAACGUGGAGUCAGGGUGUUUCGUAUUUAUGCAAUAUUUUUGCUCUGUACUGUACCUCGAUCGGGCUAGUCGUGCCACUACUACAGCGUCACGCUAUAAACCAGCGGGAGCGACUAGUAACUUCGACGACGAGGACGACGACGACGACGACGACCGAUUAAGAUAGAUAUGCGCGCGUUUUUGCUCAUUGUGAUUCUUUCUUGAAAAGUGAAUGAUGUAGUGGAUUAUUAAAAAAAUCUACAAAAAAGUUAAGAAACAAUUCGUGUUGACCUGUAUGUAUUUAUGUUACGAUAAUUUUAAACUUGUGCUACUAGUUAGUUGGUUGAUGAACUAGGUACAGGUUAGCUGUGAGUUAUUUCACAAAUUUACAUAUCUUUCCAGGGUUCAAUUGUUGUAAAUAAUGUGCCAAUCUUUAUUAUUGCAUUUGUUUUCAUUUUUUACAUUAUAAUAAUGAUAGUUAUGUAUUAACUGUAAUGUUUCAAGUGAGAUUGGUUGUCUGUAUGCUCCAUUGGAAGUUCACUUAUUUCGUAAAGCGACCUAUUUUUGACUUUAAUAAAGUACGAAAAUCUGUUAGUAGUGAAUUUUUGUUAAGUUUUCGUUGCUCUAGCAAAUGAGUGAAUUUUGAAUGAAUUUCGUUCAUGAUUUUUUUGAUCUGAUUAAGGCACGGUUACGCAUUUCGGCAACCGUUAGCAUACAUUUGACUGUAUAUUUAGUGCUGUGACUAAAAGAAGAUAAAUUGUCUGAUUAGGUUUAAAAUUAUUUAUUUCUUUUAUUUGUGAUACGGUCGAACCAAAGACAUUUCAUUGAAAAAUUAGUUUCGAAAAAAAAUAUUUUUUUAAACGUGCCAUUAAAAUUGUAAUGUACAAGACAUCAAAAUGUCAGUUAAUUAUUUUCCGGUUAUUAUUCAAAUUUUGUAGUGAUUAGCGUAGAAGUAAGUUGACGAUAUCAAUGGUUUGUUAAAAACAAAACAUAAAAAAAUUAUUGCAUAUCUAUUCAUGCCAACAAUUAUUGUAAUUGUGCGAAAUUUAAAUUAUAUGAUGAUAUAUUGAUGAGAUAUAAAUUAAACAGUAUUAAAAUUUGUACCUAAAGGUAGCAGUUUAGAUAUUUUAUAAAAAAAUUAUAUACAUUUUAAAGUUUAUCUUUCUAAAAAUUGAUAUUUGGUCUGUACAAGAAUUAUCGUAGAUUUUGUUACUGAAUGACAAUUUGGCGUGAAGUAGAAUAGUGUAUGUGGUGUUAAAUUGUACAACUUAGUAAAUGAAAAACACAAAAAAAAAAGAUAAAGUCAAUCGUUUAGGUUGAUUUUCUUUCCAAAGUAUUGUACCGUUUGUGUUGUAUAAUGGUGAACGGUUGGCUUUAUGAGAAAUGGUUUAGAAUUAAUCUGCACUGCCCCAGGAUGUCGGUCAUUAUUUGGUUCCGUUCCCUCAUAAUAUGCAACAAGAUGCCUUGACACAGUACAACAAAAAAAGAAAUACAAGCGAUGAUAAAAAUUACUGUAAUACCUCAAUACUCAGACAAAAUCCACAGAUGUACUUAUAUUGUAUCGUACUAGGCUAAGAUAAAACAUGAAUCGUUAGCUUUUAGAUCAUGCUUUUCUAAUUUUUUCCAACUACAUUCUAUUGAUUCUAACAGAAUAUCUGUCAUAUCACCAAUAAUAAAGAUGAUAUCACUUGUUUACAAUCAUUCAGAUGAUAUAGUUUUUUAACAGUCACGGAGAACUAAUAGAAUGUAGAGCAAAGCAGUGUAUAUUUUUCCAUUUUUAACAUAAGUGUUUGGUUGGAAGGGUAAUUCAGUUCUUGUAAAUAAUGACGAUGCUUGUGGGAUUUUUUUUAAGUUAGCUGCUACAAAUCAUACAGAAUGCUUCCAUGUUAAUUUAGGAACUAUUAUUUUUUAUUUAAAUUUUAUUAUUAAGGAUAACUUUUGUUAUAUAAACUUAUGAAUAUAUUAUGAUAUGAUUGUUGGUGUAAUAAAAUAUUAAAAUUGC